UUAUUUGUUUUUCUCUUCAGCCCGAGGUUCUCGUUUUGGUGCGUUUUUGUUUGUUUGCAAUGUCUGGACGUGGCAAGCAAGGAGGCAAAGCUCGUGCUAAGGCAAAAUCCCGUUCCUCUCGUGCGGGUCUGCAGUUCCCCGUGGGCCGCGUACACCGCCUGCUUCGCAAGGGAAACUAUGCUGAGCGGGUCGGGGCCGGCGCGCCGGUGUACCUGGCGGCGGUGCUGGAGUACCUGACCGCCGAGAUCCUGGAGCUGGCGGGCAACGCGGCCCGCGACAACAAGAAGACGCGCAUCAUCCCGCGCCACUUGCAGCUGGCCAUCCGCAACGACGAGGAGCUCAACAAGCUGCUGGGCCGUGUGACCAUCGCGCAGGGCGGCGUCCUGCCCAACAUCCAGGCCGUGCUGCUGCCCAAGAAGACCGAGAGUCACCAUAAGGCUAAGGGCAAGUGAUUUAAGAGGCAUCUGGGCUUAAACGGAAACGCUAUCAAACUCAAAGGCUCUUUUCAGAGCCCCCAUCGUUUCAAAGGAAGAGCUAAACUCACCGUUUGUAGAUAAAAGCUCGGAGGAGUUAAGGCUUCAAAAGUUCCUGAGAGAGUCCAGGUUCCUGAGUGUCUACCAAACCCACUAAUUCUCAGAAAUAAAUGGAUGGAUGAUGUCAAUGUUCCCACAUCAUGGAUUGAUUCUGCACCUGCAAAUUUUUUCAAAUUAAAAAUUUGCUCUAGGUGUAUUUAUUUAUGUUUUGUGUUUUGGAAUAAGGAUAGCAGAGAGGAAGGAAAAUAUUAUUGAGGUGAAAGUCUCUUUAGUGCAAAAUGUAUCUAAUUUUGUAAAUAAGCGUUACAUUUAUAGGGUUCAAACAACUUGAAACAAUAGGAUAUAUACUGAGAAUCCACCCCUCAAUUUUCCCCAGGUGAUCUUUUUUUUAUUAUUAUUAUUUUUAUUUUAAAGACAUGGGGUACAAUUCGGGGUUAGAUAUACAAAUGUUCCUUAUGCGGGUACCCUUGUUGAUGAGGUGUGCCCCACAAUCUUUUUUUUUUCCUUGUGUUUUUGCCCAGUAUUAAUUCAUGCCGAUUUCAGUCAAUAAUGAAUAUAUAUUUUAUCUUCACAUUUUAUCAUUCCUAGGAAGUAACAGACUAUGUACACUGUUCUGCACUUGUUCUUUUCAUAACAAUGUAUCUUAGAGAACUUCCCGUGCAAGAACACAUGGAGCUUCCUGUACACAGUUGCAUGGUAUUGCACUAUGCAACUUAAUUGUAACUUAGGUUACCUGUGCCCUUUUGGAAGACACUUUAGUUGUUUUCAGUCUUUGCUAUUAAUACAUUUCUGGAAAGAUUAACCCUGAUUUACAACAGAAUUGAAAUUGCUCCCCUAUUCUGCUGAGAUGGUGGAAAGCGAAUUGAAACUUCAGUCACUCUGUAGUUGGACUUAAAAUUCUUCUUCUUAAAACAGACAUAGUUAUCUCCAGGUUCAUCAUUUUAGACUUCAAUUUCUUUAUCUGUGAAAUGUAGGAAAUACCUAUCUUAAGAAACUAUGAGAAUGAGAAAGAUCGUGUAUGCAAAAUGUUUGGAGUUCUAAAGACCAGUACAAAUAAAAGUAAUGUUUGACACAA